AUGGAUGGAGGAGAUGACAGGAGAGCUGGCGGAGAACGAAGCAGCCAACUGUCGGCCUUGCAAGAGCAGCUGGUCUGGUCUCUACUGGGCUCAGGGUUAUCGAAAGAACUGCUGAUCCAGGCCAUGGGAGAUCUGGAGAGAGAGCGGGCUUCAGCUGGCAUGGAGAGAGCAGAUCGGGCCGAUGGGGAGAGCUCGGAGGAGGGUGAGAUGGACAAUCCACCUCCCAUAUUCCGUGAGCUGGAGAAGCUGCCACCGGAGGAGAAGGCGAGACAGAGAGGUCAAGUUGACCAUCUGUUGCAAGAGGAUCCUUGGCAUGUAGCUAAAAUGGUGAAGAGCUACAUGCAGCAGCACAAUCUACCCCAGAGAGAGGUGGUAGAGUCCACCGGUCUCAACCAAUCACAUCUCUCCCAGCACCUCAACAAGGGCACGCCCAUGAAGAAUCAAAAACGUGCCACGCUGUAUAGCUGGUACAUCAAGAAACAGGCAGAGAUUAGCCAACAAUUCACCAACGCCAGUCGAGGUGUUGUGUCAGGAGAGGAAUCUGGGGAGGAUGGCCGAAAAGGACGGAGAAAUCGAUUCAAAUGGGGCCCUGCCUCCCAGAAAAUCCUUUUCCAGGCUUAUGAACGACAGAAGAACCCCAGUAAAGAGGAGAGGGAGGGAUUGGUGGAGGAGUGCAACAGAGCAGAGUGUCUACAAAGGGGAGUGUCUCCUUCUCAGCUAGCUGGUCUGGGCUAUAAUCUGGUGACAGAGGUACGCGUUUAUAAUUGGUUCGCCAAUCGGCGCAAGGAGGAGGCAUUUCGCCACAAACUGGCACUGGACACAGCUUACAACAGCCAAUCAGCACCCUCCACAGGCCAGACUCUACCAUCCAGUCCUUCACCAGGUCUGAAGUACAAUCAGUCAGUGUUGUGUGAGAAUUUGGGCACAAUAAGAAGCUCCAAUGGUGAAGACAGUGGUGGUGGAGGUCGUCUCGGAGCCAGUCCAAUCCAGCUAGAACCCAGCCAUACACUCUUGGACACACACCACAACAAACCAGCUUCAGGAGGGGGUUCCUUACCUCCUGUUAGUACUCUCACUUCUUUGCAUGGAGUGUCAGGAUCCUCGGCUCCCCAUCAAGGACUGAUUAUGGCCUCGCUACCAAGUGUAAUGAGUCUGGGGGACUCCUCACUUCUCAUAGGCUUGACAUCCUCCCAAACACAGACAGUCCCUGUGAUCAACAAUAUGGGGGGUGGGUUUACUACCCUCCAGCCAAUCUCGUUUCAGCAGCAGCUUCAUACCGGACCUCAGCAGCCAAUAGCACAGCAGCUUCAGAGUCACAUUGGCCCUAGCUCAUUCAUGGCAACAAUGGCCCAGUUGCCAGAAAGUCACAUGUACAGCAAGGCAGACCUGACCUGUUACCCCUCCUCUAGUCUCCUGUCCCAGGCUAUGGUCAUUGCAGACAGCAACAGCAUUGGAAUGCUGACCAACCUCACAGCUGUUCGCCAGAUUCUCGCCUCAGAUCCCGAGGAUCACACAGACACUCCCACUGAAGAGGAGUCUUUACACCUGCAAUCCACUUCUCCAGAGCCAGAGUCUUUGGGCAGUUUGGAGCUCUACCCUCAGACGCAGACGAGCGAGACCCAUCCUUCUCACCUGCUCUCCUCUUCACCAGGGGACAUAGACCCUUACAUCCCUACACAGAUGCUCUCUACUGCACAAUAGCUGCAGGUACGGAUGGCAAUCCCAUCUC